CCCUAAAGCCACGUGCCGGUAUCUCGCCCAUACACGUGCUCUCCCUUGCCCUUCCCCUUCCCCUUCCCCUUCCCAAUUUCCUACCAAUCAUCUCCUCUCUCUCACUAGUAGGUUCCUUUCUCCUUUCUCAUUCCUUUCUCUACUCACAAAAUCCAUUUCCCCCGAAACUGGUGCAAUUUCUCUCCGCUUUAAUCGCUUUCCGCCCAUAUAUCCUCUUCCUUCCUUUUCCUCCACUUUCCCAAAUCCCACCGAAAAGGAGUCCACCCGGCCAAAUUCGCCGCCGGUGAAACAGAGCCGAAAGUCGAAUUCACUAAUCACACUCCGAUGCUUCCACUAACCAAUUCUCCGCCGCCUGAUUCCACCGCCAAGAUUAAAAAGCCGAAAUUCGCCCCCGGCGAUUUCAUCCGGAGGAAGAAUUCCUUCAGCUCGCUCACCUCGCUCCUCUCCCAUGCCUACUUAUCCCAGCCCCGUUCCUGGAUUCUCCUCUUGCUCUUAUUCAUCCAAAUUCUCCUCCUCCUCACUCUCCGCUCCGUCCCCUUCCACUUCCACGUCUUCCACCGCCGCCUCCCUGCUUCUCCCCAUCCCGCCGCCGCCGUCUCCGAGCCAGUCGUCAUUGCAACAUCAAGGUCCGACUCAGCCGCCGCCGCCGUGGUGGCGGUCGACGAGAACCGCUGCGGGAACGGGUACGUCUAUGUCUACGAUCUCCCGAGCAGCUUGAACACCGAAUUGAUCGAGAAUUGCGAGAAAUUGAACCCGUGGAGCUCGAGGUGCGACACGCUGGCGAACGAUGGAUUCGGGCAGCAAGCCGCGGGAGUGUCUGGAGUUGUACCGGAGGAUUUGGUCCCGGCGUGGUUCUGGACCGAUCAAUUCGUGUCGGAGAUUGUUUUCCACAACAGGAUGAUGAAGCACAAGUGCCGGACCACCGAGCCGAGCAAUGCGACGGCGUUUUACAUCCCAUUCUACGCCGGCCUUGCAGUGGGGAGGUUCCUGUGGCAAAAUUUCAGCGCCAAGGACAGGGAUCGGCACUGCGAGGCGAUGCUGAGCUGGGUACAAUCCCAGCCGCAGUUUCAAAGAUCCAACGGCUGGGAUCACUUCAUCACAAUGGGGCGGAUCACGUGGGACUUCCGCCGCUCCAGCGACCAAGACUGGGGAUCGAGCUGCAUCUACCUGCCGGGGAUGAGGAACAUCACGCGCCUCCUCAUCGAGCGGAACCCCUGGGACUACUUCGACGUCGGCGUCCCUUACCCGACGGGAUUCCACCCGCGGUCCGACGCCGACGUCAUCCGGUGGCAGCGGUUCGUCCGGGAGCGGAACCGACCCACGCGCUUCUCCUUCGCCGGCGCCACGCGCCGCUCGUUCAAGAACGACUUCCGCGGCAUCCUCCUCCGCCACUGCCGCGACGAGCCGGACGCGUGCCGGCUCGUCGAGUGCGCGGGGUCCCGCUGCGGCAACGGGACCUCGGCGAUCCUCGAAACGUUUCUGGACUCCGAGUUCUGCCUCCAGCCGCGCGGGGACAGCUUCACGCGCCGGUCCAUCUUCGACUGCAUGAUCGCCGGCGCAAUCCCGGUCGUGUUCUGGCGGCGGACCGCGUACUACCAGUACGAGUGGUUCCUCCCCGGCGACCCGAAGAGCUACUCUGUUUUCAUCCACCGCGACGACGUCAAGAACGGGACCUCGAUCAGGAAGGUUCUCGACGGUUACAGCAGGGAGGAGGUGAGGAAGAUGCGGGAGAAGGUGAUCGAGUACAUCCCGAAGCUCGUGUACGCGAGGAACAGCGAUGGGUUGGAGACGAUUAAGGACGCCUUCGACGUCGCCGUUGAUGGGGUGUUGAGGAGGUUUGAGGAGCAGAGGGAGUGGGGUUACAAGUGGUAAAUUGUAGGAGGAAGGUGAGGUUAAUUUUGUCAAUUCAUGGGACUAGUGGGUCGGGUUGGGUGAAAUUCAUUUAUGGGGUGGGUCCGUGAAUUUGGCCGGAAACUGAAGUGAUAAGGCCAUAGCUUUGCCGCCUGAUCGGAGCCGGUACCGGAGGGUUGAGCGGAGAGGUGAAUCGGAAGUUAUUACAGUUGUGUGUACAAAAAUAAUUUUGAUGUGUUGAGCACUGUGGAGUUUUGUUACUUUAAUAUAUAGAAAAUUGGUGGCCGAUUAUUUGAUUUAUAUAUUGGGUGGGUUUUUGUUCUGUUUGUUGUUACGAGGAUUGGAUGGUUCUGAAUUUCUGAUGAGGUUUUUUGUGAUGGGGACUUCGAGUUGGUAGGGUUCUUUCUUGAGCUUACACUUUUCUAUAAUGGUUUUCUCUUCUUCAAUAUCAAUGGCGUCGGCGAGGUGUGGGAGUGGACUAAUCGUACUUUGAGAAAUUCUGUCUCUAGGUUCUAGAUUUUGACUAGUGUGGAUUAAAAAAUAGAGGUUGCA